UCACACUACAAUAACAACCACGCCCAGUCACACUACAAUAACAACCACACCCAGUCACACUACAAUAACAACCAUGCCCAGUCACACUACAAUAACAACCACGCCCAGUCACACUACAAUAACAACCACGCCCAGUCACACUACAAUAACAACCACGCCCAGUCACACUACAAUAACAACCACGCCCAGUCACACUACAAUAACAACCACGCCCAGUCACACUACAAUAACAACCACGCCCAGUCACACUACAAUAACAACCACGCCCAGUCACACUACAAUGACAACCACGCCCAGUCACACUACAAUAACAACCACGCCCAGUCACACUACAAUAACAACCACGCCCAGUCACACUUCAAUAACAACCACGCCCAGUCAAACUACAAUAACAACCACGCCCAGUCACACUACAAUAACAACCACGCCCAGUCACACUACAAUGACACACCAAGAACAUAGCCAAGAUAACCAUACCUUGGAACCAAGGUAA